UCAGAGCAGUCAGAGCGGUCAGAGCCUUUAGACGCUUUAGACGCUUUAGACAUACAGACAGGUGCGAUACCAGGCGAAGAAUACAAAGUUGUUGUUCAAUACAUGUCAUUUUUGUUCGGCAGAAGUCCAGGCUGUAAAUCUGAUUGUUAAUAAUAACGGACAUUUGGUGAGCGUUGAAAUUGUAAUAUGCUUGAUUAUGAAGAUGAUUAUUUUUUGGAAGAAGACAAAAUCUUGAAUUUACUGCAGUAGCAGUUUUGGCCUCUCAUCAGUUGUGAUCUCUGCUUGCAAGUGGAUGUUUAUUGUUUAGUUUCUCCAUUCCUUCCUUUAUUGAUUCUGCACUUUGAAUGUGGCCGAAUUAUUCAAGAUUCCCAGAUUAUAUUCAGGACAGAAGUAGGGUACAACUGUGCAUGGUGAUCCUCGCCUUCUAGCCAUCAUGGAAGAUCGAAUUGACUCCAGUUCAUCUGUGAAGAAUAAGAAGUUGGGAAGACCUGUGAAAAUAAACAUGAAGGAAAUAGAAGGUGGUACUGAAGAUGAUGAAUUGAUAGACAUAAACCAGGAUGAUGAUCAUGAUCACCCUGAAGGUGGUCAUGAUGAUGACGAGGAGCAGAAGGCAUUGUUGGGUUCGCUGCAAGCUGUGGCAUACCAGAACACCAUGGGAAUGACAGUUACUUCCGGUAGUGUCACAAUUACUAAAGACAACUCCAACUUGAUUGGCAUCAGCAUUGGUGGUGGGGCUAGUCUGUGUCCAUGCCUCUACAUAGUGCAAGUGUUUGACAACACUCCAGCUGCUCGGGAUGGCACGUUGCAAAGUGGAGAUGAAUUGGUGGGGGUUAAUGGAGCAUCUGUCAAAGGGAAGACCAAAGUUGAAGUGGCCAAGAUGAUACAAGCUUGCAAGGAAGAGGUAACUAUCAACUAUAAUAAACUUCAUGCAGACCCGCAACAAGGAAAGACACUGGACAUUGUGCUUAAGAAAGUGAAGCAUCGCCUUGUGGAGAACAUGAGUACUGCGACAGCGGAUGCUCUUGGUCUGUCCCGUGCAAUACUCUGCAAUGACACAUUGGUCAAGAAACUGGAGGAGCUAGAACAGACAGAGAUGAUGUACCAGGGCCUUGUUGAACAUGCGAAAAGAGUUCUGAAGGCCUUUUUUGACCUCCUCCAAGUUUAUAAAGCUUUUGGAGAUACAUUUGCUGAAAUAGGGGUUCGUGAACCCCAGCCUCGAGCCAGUGAGGUAUUUCGUCAGUUUGGUGAUUAUCACCGACAGAUGGAAAAGUAUGGCAUAAAGAUGCUGAAGUCAGUUAAACCUAUUUUAUCAGACCUGGGUACGUACCUGUAUAAAGCGAUACCUGACACAAAGCUGACCAUUCGAAAGUAUGCUGAUACCAAGUUUGAGUACUUGUCCUACUGUCUCAAAGUAAAGGAAAUGGAUGAUGAAGAGUACAGUUAUGGAGCUCUUCAAGAACCUCUGUAUCGUGUUGAAACUGGAAACUAUGAGUACAGGUUGAUCCUACGAUGUAGACAGGAUGCACGAACAAGGUUUGCGCGCCUUCGUUCAGAUGUAUUGGUCAAGCUGGAAUUACUAGACAACAAGCAUGUGCAGGAUGUUGUAUGGCAGCUUCAGCGUCUCGUAGCAGGAUUAGCUGAGUUUCAUGGAGAGACCCUCAGUUUGCUGCAAGGGAACUCACUCUUCCCAAUAGAAGUUGAUCUAGCACGAUCUGCAUUCCAGUACAAAUCUACUAGUCCUGUUGUCCAGGAUGGAGCUGAAGAUGAAGAGGAUGAUGAAUUGCUUCAAGCUGAUGAAGCCAAGGAGGAAUUCAUUAGCUUGAUUCCAGAACUCAGAGAUUGAGUCAGUUCUGGUGCACACAGUUUGAAUGUGGGUACAUUCAUCAUGGGAAGGCCGCUGAUGCUGAAGCAUGUCUGAGAAGGCAGUGAAGAAUUUCUAUUCAGGACUUCUUGAAUUUUAUAAAGAUUAUUCUUCUUCUUCUUCAGUCUUUCAUUUAAAUCAUGCUCCUUUUUCGUGGUGAUGAUCACAUACACCUGUUAGCUUCUAGAUGAUAACUUGGAUACAGUUUAACAUCAGACUGAUAGUAGAUUUACAAGAUGUAUUGGAAAGUUCCCAGACUAGGUCAAAAAAGAAAUGUUGCCUAAACUUACUCAAUUUGGUUGCUGUUUCCUUCAAAAUAGUCUCCUUCAGAAUGUAUACAGCGAUCCAGUCAUUUCUUCCACACUUUAGAAGCACUGUGGAAGUAAUUUUCCUUAAUGAUGUCGAAUACCACUUGUGAUUCCCUUUGGAUGUCAGACACUGUUUCAAACCAUUGUCCCUUCAGUUUCAUUUUCAAACUGGGAAACAAAGCGAAAUCACAGGAGGCUAAGUCUGGGGCAUAAGGAAGAUGGGGACUGAUAACCAUGGUGUAGAUUCUGAAGGGUUCUUGCAAUAUAGUACAGCACUCAAAAUUACUGGGUUUUUUGUUUUGCCCCCCCCCCCGCUCCA